AUGAAGGCCUAUUGGUACGAUAACCAAGAGGGCGACCAGCGCCUUGCGCACGACUCGGGUCGCCCAGUCGAUGCCUCAUACCUGGCCCAAAUCGGCGUCCUGUACCGCCACUGCCCCGAAUUGUCCUCGGUCGACGCCAUUGCCAAAGAAAGACACUAUAAGAACCGCGAUGAGAUCACCGUCUCUCCACAAGCCAUGGGCGCCGUCUACGAAGACAAAGUGAAGAUGUUCUUUGACGAGCACUUACAUGAAGACGAGGAAAUUCGCUACAUUCGGGACGGCGCAGGCUAUUUUGAUGUGAGGUCCAAGGACGAUGACUGGGUGAGGAUCCGGCUUGAAAAGGACGAUCUGAUCAUCUUGCCUGCGGGCAUCUAUCACCGGUUUACCACUGACGAGGACAAUUAUAUCAAAGCUAUGCGGCUCUUCCAAGACGAGCCCAAGUGGACAGCAUUAAACCGUGGUGCGGACACCGACGUUAACGAGCACCGCAAGAACUACCUCCAGACCAGAGACGGCAUCUCUGUGGCAUGA